AUCUGUUUGUGAGUGCGAGACCCUGGAACAGCUUUCACAUCAAUUACAAGUACAACAAAAUAAAAUAGAAAAUAGAAAAAAUUAUAUAUCCAGGCAAAACAUAAAAACCGCUUCGAGUCCAAGAUGAGUUUCCUCAAUUACGUGUUCGGUCCCAAUCUGUUCAUGGAAUACCGUGGAGUUCCCGAGCCGCAGCGCAAGCUGUACGAGGCGGGGGCGGUGGAAAAGUUCGGCGAGCAGAUUUUAUCCACGCUCUCGGUGAUGUGGUCCGUGGGCUACUACACCUCCCCCCUGCUCGUCACAUUCCUCUAUCGCCGCGGCUACCUGGUCACCGAUUCCAUGCCAACGCUGGCCAAGAUCACCACCAGCGUGGGCUUGAUUGUAAUCAUCUCCCUGGUGAUGCGGGGUCUGGGGCGCAAGCAAUCCCGCUCCUAUUCCAACAUGAUGAAGGCCCUGGUGCAGGCAAAGGCUUCCAAGACGGCAGGAGAUGCCAGCAGCGAGCUGCGCCGCUUCGACAUCGAGUUCAACGCCUGGCCAGUGGACUUUGAUGUGAAGGCCUUGACUGGGGACACCAAGAAGCCUGUGGUGACGGCCAGCAGGCGGGAGCCGCUCCAAUUGGCCACUAUCCCUUGUGAGGUCAUCGCUUACUUAGCUAUCAACACCUUUGGGCUCUCCAUGAUUUAUCCGGGCUCCGUUAAGCUGCUCCAGAAAUUCAUGAGACCCAUGCUGAUCUCUGGACGCGCCAAGCUCAUCGAGGAUGAUAAUGGCAUCCGCUACAAGGUCAAAACCAUCGACUCGAACGAAAUCGAUACAUUGUUCAUUGACAACCGCAACGAUAAUGUGGGAAAUGGCAAGACUCUGGUCAUUUGCUCCGAGGGCAACGCCGGCUUCUAUGAAGUGGGCAUAAUGGGCACCCCGGUGGCCCUGAAGUACUCCGUCUUGGGUUGGAAUCAUCCCGGUUUUGCUGGCAGUUCGGGCACACCUUAUCCGCAUCAGGACAAGAACGCCAUCGAUGCUGUCGUGCAGUUUGCCAUCAACAAUCUUGGCUUUCCCGUCGAGGAUAUCAUUCUGUAUGGCUGGAGUAUCGGUGGCUUUAGCACUCUGUACGCUGCUUCUGUCUAUCCGGAUGUCAAGGGCGUGGUGCUGGACGCCACCUUCGAUGAUGUGCUCUACCUGGCCAUUCCUCGCAUGCCGGCUGCUCUGGCGGGGAUUGUAAAGGUGGCCAUUCGCAACUACUGCAACUUGAACAAUGCUGAGUUGGCUAAUGAGUUCAAUGGACCCAUUUCCUUUAUACGCCGCACUGAGGAUGAGAUUAUAGCAGAAGACAACCACAUCGACACCAACCGCGGCAAUUUCUUGGUCUUGUCCGUGCUUAAGCGCCGGUAUCCCAACAUUUUUGGGGCUUCGCAGCUGAACAAGGCCAAGGGGCUGUUGUCCAAGCCGCUGGAACCUUACAGCAUUCCCACCGCCGACGAGAAGCUCUGCAUGUCGCGUUUAAUUACUUAUGCCUCCGAUGAGGGCAAGUCUUUCCCCAUGAAUAUUGGAGCCGAUUACUCGGAUGAGGUGCGCAACCUCAUGGCUGUCUUCUUGUUACGCAAGCAUUUACGCGACUACAACUCGACGCACUGCACCCAGCUGCCCGGGGAAUUCUUCACCAUGCCGUGGGACAUUCCCACCGAACAGGGAUUCGUGUUCACCUAAGCUUAUUCCCUUGAAAAAGAGAGAAAAGGCCGUGUAUGCUUAGACUUAGUGAAAUGGUUUUAGUCAUUUUUGCACUCUGACGACUGCUUAUUAAAUUAUUCUAACUGGGAACAGCCGGGAUUAGCUGGACAACUGGUGUGAAAUUGUCUUAUAUACAAAAAAUACGAUAAACGAAAUAAAUGUCACAAGCUAA